CUUGUGGGAGGACGCAGAGGACCUCCUGCCAUUAGUGUGAAACCGGGUUGGAGAAGUCACAGGAGGAGAAGAGGUGCCUGGUGUGCAUGUAUGAGAGUGGGGUGGAAAGACCCUCCUCCCUCUGGGUCAGCCAACAGAAGAUGAAGAACCAAAUCACCAACGCCCUCUCUAACUUCUUCUUCGAGUAUGAGACCCCGCGCCAGGUGCUGGUCAGGAACAGGAGGGUGGGAGUGGUGUGCCGACUUAUCCAGCUGCUGGUCCUGGCUUACAUCAUCGGGUGGGUGUUCAUCUAUGAGAAAGGCUACCAGUCCACAGAUACAGCCGUCAGCUCCGUCUUCACCAAGAUGAAAGGAGUGGGCUACACCAAGGUGGAUGGGAGGGAGAGUGUCUGGGAUGUGGCCGACUAUGUCUUCCCGCCGCAGGGAGACUCAUCUUUUGUGGUAAUGACAAACUACAUCAUAACUGAAGGCCAGAUGAUGAAAACCUGUCCAGAGCUCCCUGGCAAACACAAUUGCAGCUCCCAUGCAGACUGUGAAGGAGGGAAAUUGAAACGUACGGGACAUGGACAAAUGACAGGAAUGUGUGUGAAUGAGACUCAUACCUGUGAAGUGUUGGCUUGGUGCCCCAUUGAAGAUGACCGCAAAAUACCAGAUCCUCCACUGUUGAUGUCGGCAGAGAACUACACACUGUUUAUCAAAAAUUCAAUCACUUUUCCACUGUUUGGUGUUACAAGGAGUAAUUUGGUGGAGAGUGUUGAUGCCAAAUACAUCAGUCAAUGCCUCUAUGAUCCAAAAGAUUCUCCACUGUGUCCCAUAUUCCGACUGGGGGACAUUGUCAAUCUGUCUGGCUUCAAUUUCAGCACAAUAGCCAGAGAGGGAGGGGCUAUAGGCAUUGUUGUUGACUGGACAUGUAACCUGGACCUGGAUGUAAAAAAAUGUAAACCGAAGUACAACUUCCAUGGCCUGUAUGGGAACCCCAAUGAGACAGACAAGGCCAGAGCAUCAGUGGGCUACAACUUCAGGUACGCAAAGCAUUACAUGGAGGACAGCAAGGAGAAAAGAACCCUCCUCAAAGUGUUUGGCAUCAGGAUAGAUAUCAUUGUGCAGUCACUGGCCAGAAAAUUUGAUAUCAUCCCAACACUGACUGCUAUAGGCUCCGGAGUGGGCAUUUUUGGAGUGGCAACUGUAGUAUGUGACUUGGUGCUGCUGUAUUUGCUACCAAAGAGAGAAUUUUACAAGAACAUGAAGUUCAAAUAUACAGAGACACAUGAGGAGCACGACAGCGAUUCGCUUGGUUUAGACACAAGCGUCUAUUACAACCUUGAAGCAAAUACAGGACAAGUCCAACCUGCUGGCCAGUCCAAUGAGCCCAAUUCAGAUGCAUGUACAGAGAGCAAAACAUCCAAAGAGUGACCAAGGGGCAAACUCACCGGCCACGCCACUGUGAAAGUAGACUGCACUGAAGCUCUCUAAGCAUUAGGAUGCCACACACACGCACUUAAAGGAUUCAAGGGGACGGGAAAGGACAGUCACAUGAAAUCGGUCCAUGUAUCCUCUACAGAAUUCACUUUUGAUCAUCAGCAGUACAAGAACAUGGGACCCCCUCCCACUCAUAAAGUCACCCUGAGUGACUGAGACUCCUCCUAGUGUACAUGGAGCCACAGAUAGUGUAGCUGAGCUGUACAUGUACUUUUUUGGGUGUAACUCGGGUUGCAUGUGUUCUUUUUUUGGGUGUAACCUUGCUCUCUAAACAAUUUCCAUACAAGUGGAAGCAGUGUUUGGCACUUCAGUGCUCUGCUGUGUACACAAAAAUGUUGCCAAACUCAUUCAUUCUCUCUGUAACUGCAACUGUUUUUCUCAAAGCAACUUAACGUGGAUGUGCCACCAGGUGGCUGUCAGAGCAGCCCAUCAAACAUUUAGUUAGGUCAUCCAUUCCUCAUUCAGUUUGUGAUUGACAAAUAAAUUCAGUAAAAUAUG